AUGACGGCCAAAGAUGAUGUCGCGAACGAUAGUCCGCCCGAUGCGGACAAGAGAGCACUCCCCAAGUGGCGAUAUGACUUGCGACAGAGCGUUCUGCCCCUGAUCCGCUGGGAGACUCCGUACCUAGCCUGGCUGCAGGAGAAGCUGCGCACGCCCGCCCUCGACAGCUACUUUGCCAUCACGGCCAAUCUGGGCACUCAUACCUUCUUCAUGGUUGGACUGCCGAUAUGCUUCUGGUGCGGGUAUCCCGCCUUGGGAAAGGGUCUGGUUCAUAUCCUAGCCCUCGGCGUCUUCUGGACCGGCUUCAUCAAGGACUUCUACUCACUUCCGCGACCGCUCUCCCCGCCGCUCAACCGCAUCACCAUGUCGGGCUCGGCGGCCCUGGAAUACGGCUUCCCGUCGACGCACAGCGCCAACGCCCUGUCGGUGGCCGUGUACGGCAUACUCCUCCUCCACAGCCCGGACAACUCCCUCGCGCCCACGACCAAGCUCGCCCUCGAGGUGCUGGCCUACUUCUACUCCGCGUCCAUCGUCGUGGGGAGGCUGUACUGCGGCAUGCACGGGUUCCUGGACGUCGUCGUCGGGUCGGUCCUCGGCACCGUCAUCUCGCUGCUCGAGUUCAGCCUGGGCCCUCCGCUGGACGAGUACAUGCACACGAGCUCCUGGGUGGCGCCCGUCAUCGCCGGCGUCGUCAUCGUCAUCCUCGUGCGCAUCCACCCGGAGCCGGCCGACGACUGCCCCUGCUUCGACGACAGCGUGGCCUUUGCCGGCGUCGUCAUAGGCCUCGAGGCCGGCACCUGGACCUACGGCCGCAUACCCAACGACCCGUGGGACAUGCACGCCUACGGAAACAAGACGGUCGACGUCGCGUCGCUGGGGCCGGCCGUCAACGUCGCCCGCAUAGUCCUCGGCAGCCUCAUCGUCUUCCUCUGGCGCGAGACCAUGAAGCCCCUCCUCCUCAGGACCCUCCCCACCCUGUUCCGCCUCAUCGAGGACUCCGGAUGGUCCCUGCCGCGCCGCUUCUUCACCCCGGCGAGCGAGUACGAGACCGUCCCGCCCGGCUCCCGCCUCGACACGAUGUUCCCCUCCGCCUCCGACUUCCCCCGCAUGGUCGAGAGCAUCCGUAACCCCAAGACGCGCGGCCGCUCCGUCUCCGCCUCGGGGGUGGACCGCUUCGAGAAGCAGAUGGGACAGGUGGACGCUGCCCAGGCCACGGCCGAAACGGCCACGCCGUCGAGGCAGUCGAACGAGGUGGGGGUCGAUUACGGUGCCGAAGGCGACUUUGACGAGAGCGCCGUGUUUUCCAAGCUCAUCAAGCCGCGUGUGCGCUACGAUGUCGAGGUCGUCACCAAGCUCAUCGUCUAUGCUGGCAUCGCAUGGCUUGCCACGGCCCUUAUACCGCUGACCUUUGAGCUUGUCGGUCUGGGGACGAAUCAACUCGAGUCGAGUUGA